AUGUCUGAUGAAAAUGAUGAACGACAACAAGAUCCAUCUGACGUCAAUUGUAAUCAUGAAAAAAUUUCACCAUUAUCAAAUCGUUUUCUAGUUGCACAUUCAUCACCAGUACAUGAAUCAACAACUGAUGUAAUUACUCGUAUACAAGAUGAUUCAUUUCAAUCAUCAUCAUCAACAUCAAAUUCAAAAAGUAGUUCAAGUGUAACAAGUCGUUCAUCACGUCGUCAAUUUUUAAUUAUACAACAUCAGUCAGC